AUGGCAUGUUAUGCAGAUUCAAUCCUGAAAUACGCUUCCACGGAGACGGAAUGGGCGAAGCAUAUCGGAGAUGUCUUCGAUCUGGACCUUCCUCAACUGAUUCCGUCGAUUCUCCGGAUCCCUGAAUCGGUCAAGGCCUCUGAUCCCCAAUCCUUCUCUCCCCAGAUGGUGGGUCUCGGACCCUUUCACCAUUUCCAGGCUCCACUCUGGGAAUUGACGGCCACGAAGCGCCGCUUCAUCCAACAGGGCCUGCGGCGGCUCUCAGGCUUCGACGACUUCCGUGCUUUCACCGGCGAGGUGGUGGCGCCCCUGCUUCCGCUCAUCCGGGCACAAUACGGCGACGCGACACGCAUCCUCGACAUAAGCGAUUCGGCUCUCGGGUCCCUCAUAGCAAUUGAUUGCCUGUUCCUGUUGGAACUAUUGCUGUUCACGGCCGGUUCUUCUGAAUCUUGCUCGGCGGAAGUAGAGUCCGAGAAAUCGAGCCGGCUGGGAUCCCUUCUGAUGAACGAUGCCCUGAUGCUGGAAAACCAGAUCCCCUUAUUUUGGCUCAUGGAUCGCGCAUGUUGCCAGCUUGAUUUGGCUCGCGUUUGUGACCGAAUUUCUCCCAUCAAAUUGCAGCAGGCCGCGCCGGAGGAUUGCCGCCGCCUCCCUGGGCAUUUGUUGGAAUACUUGUACUUCCGGAUAGUUGGCGACGCUUCGACAACCAGUUCAUCGGAACAGUCUUCCCAUUCGAGCCCCGUUGCCUGGAUAAUGGAAACGGUCCCUGCUGGGUUGCUGAUCGGGCAAAUAUCUAAUGGAGGCGACAACGGUGAAGCGAUUGACGUGUUGAAGUUUGCCGCCAAAAAAGCAGGUGGUAGCUGGUUGGGUGGCGCGUUGUCCUGGUGCCUCGACCUGGGGAUUUUUAAGUUCCUCGACCGAUAUCUACAAGAAGAGGAGGCUUUGAUCCCUACCGCUUCCCAGCUGGCUCGUGGCCUCGGCGUGAAAUUCCUCUGCAGGCCCAACCCGUCGGAAGGUAGGAUAAUUACGAUCAGCUUCGACAAACAGGGGACAACACUCUGCCUCGUGGCGUUCACAAUCAAACCCAACUGCGAAGUGCUAAUGAAAAACCUGGUCGCCUACGAAUCCUUGGCGAGGAGCCAGCAUCCCCAACUCCUGACCAGAUACGUGGAGCUAAUGCGGUGUUUGAUUAGGUCCCCCAAAGACGCUAAGCUGCUCAGAGAAGCCGGAGUAUUAGUCAUUGAUGAUGGUGGUGAUGAUAAGAAUGUCGUGGAACUGUUUGGCCGGAUUAGUGCUUGUGCCGGCGCCGGCGUGGCGACGUGGGGAGGCGAGACGGCGAUCGAUUCCGAGAUAGAGGCUGUUAACGAUUGUUACUACAGCAAUGUCAAAAUUAUGAUAUGGAGGCGAUCGAAGAUGGGUCUCAAGCUUGGUCUUCGGAUUCUAAUCCUACUGACUGCUUUUGGGGCAUUGGUUUAUUUCGUCAUUAAGCAAUUGCCUAAACUGUAUGGACUUGAUGCAGGAGAUUGUCUGUCCCUAUGGUAUGGGCCUGGCCCAUCCACCCUCUGAUGUUAUGAGCUCAUUUUCUGCAUUUACUUUGUGGGCAUGGGCGCGCCUUUUCCCAUGCAUGAUUAAGAGCAUUUUCCUUGGGUAAAAGUUGAAUGAGAC